UUAUGAGUCAUACUCUCUCAUCCCUUGAGCCUCAAAAUUGAUGAAAACGAGAGAAGGAGAGGGAGGCUACCACCACCAAGAUCUCAUCGGAUUUUGCUAAAUACCACCACUAGUCGUUGUCGGAGCUUCGUUACAGGGAUGUAACCUCCAGAAAAUAUGGAGAUGAGAAUGUAGGGAGAAGGAGUGAGAGUGGGUGAGUUGUACCGACUGUACAAUCUAACUCAGACGGGAAGGUGGUGGAGGCGAGAUUUAGGUGCGAAGAAGGACUAAAAGGGAUCCACAACUUCAACCCCCAUGCAUAUGGAAAAUGGUUCGCAGAAAUGUAGUCGGAGAAAGGGGUGAUGGUCAUCGGAGGCCAUGCCGUUGUCGGAGAUGAUGUUGUCACCGGAAAUGGAAACCUUGCCAGAAAGAGAGUGUUGCCGACUGCGGAGGGUAUUGGGCGGUGCCUAGGCAAACACACACACGACACAAACAUGCCAUCAUGUCUAGGCCAGACGAGCAGAAGGCCGCCGAUUGUGGCUCAUCUUCUCACCUCUCGACGAAAUUUCUUUGGCUUUGGCAUGAUUAACAGACAAUUUUGAACACCAACUGGUCAACAAAAAUCCUCAAUGAAAAAAUCUGAUGAAGACUGUUUUUCUACUUGAGAUAGUGAAAGAUGUUGAUUAUUCUCUGUAAUGGACUACAACAACAAUCACAGGAACAUAGGAUGUGCCUUAGACAUAAAGCCACAUUUGACAUUGAAGGUACUUUUUUUUAAACGCUUUUGAGUUUUAUAAUAAUUUAUAGUGAUUGUUAUUAACCAUGCAUGCAGUAGACUGAAUUGGUGCAUUGAGUAAGCUUCUAUCUUUUAUACCUUAUUGAUGUCAUAGCUCAUGAUGGUUGUUGUGUUUAUAGUAAAAAAAUGGAAAGUAGUUUCUGGUGGACACUCUUUUUUAAGUUAUGUUGUAUUUUCGUGGAUUUAUAUCUUUUGGGGAUAUGUAAGUUCAACCCUAGAACUUCCAGGAAACAAGAAAUGUUGCACCUUCCAAGGAAAAAGAUUGAUGUUUUGUUUUUCACUUGCUGGAAUGACAUCUCUUUGCUCUCAUGGUGUCUUUGGUGAUGGUGUGAAGUAAAGAAGUCGCGCCACAAAAAGAUCACUGGUUUUCAGGUGAAAAUUAAGAGUUGAUAUAACGCCUUUUGGUUGUGUCAUGUUGAAAUGACCAAAAUACCCUUUACAGUUUGCUCCAGGUACUGCAUCCGAAGUGCUAAUCACUUUUGAAAAACACGAUUUUUUUUAUCCGGUUUGACGGAUGGGUCAUGGGUCAACCGAUUGAACCACCGGACCAACCCGAUUUUACUGUUGAAAUUUUUUCAACACUUUUGAACUUUUGAGGGUUUUACAUAUUAAUUUUUGUGGAUUUGUGGGAGAUCAUCGCAGGUUUAGACUGGUGAAGGACACAUUAAGACAUGUCAAAUACUGAUAAUGCUGUGGAUCCUGGAUAUAACUUCUUUUUUUCCAUUAUAAUAAGUAUUCUAUUUUCAAUCUUUUAAUUCAUUACCAUAUAUGAUUGCUUUCUCUCUCCAUUUAAUACAUUUAAUUGAAGCUACAUUGAAAAAGUCUUUGUUGAUGAAAUUCACAAGCUGAUGAUAGUUUUUAUUUUGUGGGGUGAUGAUAUCUUUAGUAAUUCCAUCUUGCUGUUAUGUUUUUGAUUUUGCAGCCAAACAAAAGAUGCUCUUAAGAUACUAAAGAAGAAGCUUGGGUGGUGAAAUUGCCAGAUUUUGUAAUUGAAUAACCUUCUUAGGUUUUUACUGUAAUACAUCAAUGAAUAUGGAUCAUGAGUACGUUACCAUUGUUUUAUUUGGGUUUUUUUGGAUGAUUGUUUUAUUGGGGUGCUGAUAUUUUGAGCCUCCUUAUUUGAUUUCAAAGCAAACGGUUGGAUUGAAAUCUAACCCCCGCAAAGCGGGAUACUUCCCUAGUUAAUUGUAAAUGAGAACUAAGUCUAUUGGUUAAGGUUGUUUAUUUUAUCUAGU